AUCUCCACGUCACGAGAGCAGCUAUAUGAGAAAGCACCCAAGCAUCAGGACCAGUGCGAGUCCUCCACUUUACCUCGACUACGCGCCGCAGAUGCACACUUGGAGAGAUUUUACUAGAUUUCAGUCUCUACAUUCAAACAGAACAUUUGAUGGACUCUAAAUUGCAGUAGAAGAGUUCGCUAACGGAGAGACGGCGCCCGCUUUACUGGGAAACACAGGUAAACGGAAUAAACUCAGAUCGGAGCGCGUCAACUGAGGAAAGAAAAUAGGCUACAUUACCGCUAUUCUCGGACCGCUGUUCUCUGAAGAACAACUUUUCACAACGAGAGUGAUGCUGGAUGCUCCUACCAUUCUCUGGUAUUCGGAAGGAACCUAAAUUGACUGAAGCUUCCAUUCAUGCAGCUCUCAAAGGGACUUUUGUGAUUGAAUGAUCCCUGUACUUCUUCAUAAAAUGAUACUAUCCGGCGGUGAGAUACUAUGUUACCGCUGCUCGUUUAAUGUUUGACACGUUGGAAACAUUCAAGAAACUGGAGGACACCGAAUCAGAGAAUACAACCCGAGUACCGUCGGCGUUUCUUAUUCGACAUCCAUUCGGAACAUCAGACCAGCCGCCCAGAUGCAGUUUCGACUAUUCUCCUUUGCUCUUAUCGUGUUGAACUGUAUGGAGUACAGCAACUGUCAAACGCAGUCGCCUCGUUGGAGAAGAAACAAGAGAGCCAGCUAUGGGGCCUACCCUAUCUGCAAGGGGUGCUCCGUGUGCUCCAAGGACAACGGCUGCGUGAACUGCCAGCCCAAGCUCUUCCUGUACCUGCGGCGCGAGAGGAUGCGUCAGUACGGCGAGUGCCUCCACGCCUGCCCCUCCGGAUACUACGGCAUGCGCACCCCGGAGAUCAACAUGUGUUCCCGAUGCAGGAUAGACAACUGUGAGUCCUGCUUCAGCAAAGACUUCUGCACCAAGUGUAAGUCGGGUUUCUACCUGCACAAAGGGCGCUGCUACGAGAAGUGCCCCGAGGGCUUUGCCCCGCUGGAGGAGACCAUGGAGUGUGGAGAGGGCUGCCAGGUGGGUCAGUGGAGCGAGUGGGGGAGCUGCACCAGGAGAAACAAGACCUGCGGCUUCAAGUGGGGCCUGGAGACCCGGACGCGGCACAUUGUCAAGAAGCCGCCCAAGGACACCAUCCCCUGCCCUACCAUCGCAGAGUCCCGCAGGUGCAAAAUGGCCAUGAGGCACUGCCGAAGGGGGGGAUCAGAAAAGCACCGAACUAAAGAACCAAAGAAGAAGUCAAACAAGCAGAGGCUUCGGUUCCGGGCCCAGAACCAGCACAGCGACCAUCUGGCCUCGGUGCGGUCCGGCCAAUGAGACCCAACAGAACCCUGGACACUACGCUGCUAGCCGCUGCUCCACACACACACACACACACACACACAAACACGAACAAACACUAUCCCUCAUGAUCCCUUCCUAGCCUCCUCACAGUUGAACACACACACAGUUACUGACACCACACACACGUCUUCCAAACGCACACACGCUCACACACAUGUACUGUACACCACAAAGAUAAACACGCAGACAACACACACAUACCGUACACCACACAUACACACACACAUUGUCUCUGCCUCCUGCUGCUUCCCCCCAUAACAGUGACCGACCAGCCAAUCAGCUCUCUGCCCUGUGACCCCACAGUGACAUCAUAGAAACCUUAGAACACUUGUUCCCUUUGCGCAAAUGUCUGGACCGAGCAGGGGGACGAUCUACCGGGCCCUCGGACUGAGAGAGAGGAGGGGGGAAGGGGGGGCCAAGAGAGAAAACGAGGGGGUGAAGCUAUUAACGGGGCCAUGUGACCAGAAAAGAGGAGAAAAGGAGGAACGGAUGUCGAGAAAAUCCAGGGAGGAAGAUGAGGCCCGGGGGGAGAAGACAGCGAUGGACCGAUCUGACGUCUUGAAGCAAAAGAGACAUUUUUUUCUGUAUUUAUAUGUCAAAAGCUACCCUCGUGUUCCUUGAAGAAGGAGGAGAGACCAUGUAUAGCCUUUACGUUGACUUUGUACAUUUUCGAGAGUAACGUUAAGAAAUACCAUGCAUAGUUGCAAAGUAUUUUAUUCUCAGCACAAAGUGUUUGCGUCCAGACCGCUUUACGCUCCAACUGUAUAGUGUGGAUAAAGAAAUUUAGUUGUUUAACUAGCAUGGCAAACAACUCCUUGCUACGUAGUGGUGAGUUCAUCUAAUUGUAAAACCUAUUACUGUAACUUCAGUAUUCACUCUUCACCGUUCUUAAUGUGUUAGAGAGAAGGUUGUAAUACCAAGCUACGAAUUAAAAUGAUUAAAAAACGAAAUAAUAAACAUAGCCACCACAUAGCUAUUACAUUUAUAUGGUAUAUAUAUUUGAUUUAUUUAUUGAUUCUAUUUUGUACUUUUUUGUGUUUGGUAAGAGUUUUUUGGUCUCAUGCGCUUCUUUGCUGAAGUAUUUCCUUGGAGUCCUGACAACAGGCGUGUCUCUCGUCACGUGUUGCUCUGCGUCAGCAGGCGUCACGUGCCGUAGCGUUCGGUUCACCUCAUAUGAUUUCAGUGUUUCCAAAAAAAGAAAAAAAAAGAUCAACAGCAACAAUUGUAUCAUGCUUUGUUUGACAUAUUCUAGAUUUGAUCUUCAAGAUUCGACAGAUAUACCGGUCAUAGGACUCCAUAUGUGUACGUUGUGUUUUAUUAAAAUACAUUUCAUGUGA